UGUCAGCGGGCCAGCUGAGCGCAGGAGUGGACUGGGGACAGGGGCUGGAACUUUCCCAGACUAGCAGCACAGCCGAGGAAACUUUGACAGGGGGACUGAAACCAGCAAACUUAAAGCGUGCCUUGUAUACUUCAGAUCUGUCUACCCGAAAUCGGAGAGAAGGCUGUACAAUCCUCGGCAGUGUUCUGAGACUGUAUAGCCCACCUUAAACCGCCUUAAGGACUGCAUUGCAAUAUGGACUUUGCCUGAAACAGAAAAAAAUCAAAACAUUCAUUUUAAUAUUCUGCAAGAAUACUGGUGGCAGAUUUGCGCCUUUUAGCUGUUUUGCGUGUUUUAAAUCUGGUGUGAAAACUAUCCGAACGCACUUGGACUUGGCAGAGGACGCACGGGGAAUUGCGAAAGGACAUUUGACAGAGAGAAAACCAUGACCGCGGAAAAGGAAAAGAAGAGGAGCAGCUCGGAGCGGAGGAAGGAGAAGUCUCGGGACGCGGCGCGCUGCCGGCGCAGUAAGGAGACGGAGGUGUUUUACGAGCUGGCGCACCAGCUGCCCCUCCCCCACAGCAUCAGCUCGCACCUGGACAAGGCCUCCAUCAUGAGGCUGGCCAUCAGCUUCCUGCGCAUGCGCAAGCUCAUAUCCUCCGAUCCCCCUCGUUGUAUUGAGGCAUAUAUUAAUAAUGGUUGCACUGACAAUGAGACAGAGGAGGACAGACAGAUGGACAGCCUUUAUCUGAAGUCUCUGGAGGGCUUUAUCACCGUGGUAACAUCAGACGGGGACAUGAUCUUCCUGUCUGAGAACAUCAACAAAUUCAUGGGCCUGACACAGGUGGAGUUGACAGGACAUAGUAUCUUCGACUUCACCCAUCCCUGCGACCAUGAGGAGAUUCGCGAGAACCUCAGCCUCAAGACAGGUGCAGGGUUUGGAAAGAGGAGCAAGGACAUGAACACAGAGCGAGAUUUCUUCAUGAGGAUGAAGUGCACCGUGACCAACCGAGGACGCACCGUCAACCUCAAAUCGGCCAGCUGGAAGGUCCUGCACUGCACCGGCCACAUGAAGGUGUACAACAGCUGUCCCUCUCGCGUGCUGUGCGGGUACAAGGAGCCCCCCCUCACCUGCGUGGUCAUGAUGUGCUCGCCCAUCCCCCACCCCUCCAACAUCGACAUGCCGCUCGACAGCAAGACCUUCCUGAGCCGCCACAGCAUGGAUAUGAAGUUCACCUACUGCGACGAGAGGGUGAAUGAGCUAAUGGGAUACUGCCCAGAGGACCUCCUGGGGCGGUCUGUGUAUGAUUUCUACCACGCGCUGGACUCCGACAGCGUGACCAAGAGCCAUCAGAACCUGUGCACCAAGGGCCAGGCGGUGAGCGGGCAGUACCGCAUGCUGGCGAAGCACGGCGGCUACGUGUGGGUGGAGACUCAGGGCACCGUCAUCUACAACAGCCGCAACUCCCAGCCCCAGUGCAUCGUGUGCAUCAACUACGUCCUGAGUGAUAUUGAGGAGAAGUCGGUGAUGUUCUCCAUGGAUCAGACGGAGUCGCUGUUCAAGCCUCACCACGUGCUGGGCAUGAGUAGCUUCUUCAGCCAGGGCGGCGCUGCCUCGGCGGGCGAGCCGGGUGACAUGCUCUUCACCAAGCUGAAGGAGGAGCCCGAGGACCUGGCUCAGCUCGCCCCCACGCCCGGGGACACCAUCAUCGCCCUUGACUUUGGAAGGCCACCGUUUGAGGAGCCGCAGCUCUUCAGCAAGGCAUCCUCCAUGCCGCCACCUGCCAGUAAGCCCUGGGGCAGCGACGCCCCCAAGCCCAGCCCGGCCAGUGAGAUGCCCAACGUGGCCGCCGCCUUCUCGGUGCCCCAGGCCCCACCCCCGGGCAGCGCCACACCCAGCCUGAGCGGUUGCUCCACACCCAGCAGUCCUGGAGACUACUAUAGCUCCCUGGACAAUGACCUGAAGGUCGAACUCACAGAGAAGCUCUUUGCGUUGGACACCCAAGAACCCAAGAGCCCAAGUGCCACUCAGUCUGACCUCAGUGAUCUGGACCUGGAGACGCUGGCUCCCUACAUCCCCAUGGACGGUGAGGACUUCCAGCUGAACCCCAUCUGCCAGGAGGAGCCGCCGCAGGAGUCCGGCCCCAGUGGCACCCAGCACAGCUUCAGCAACAUCGCCAGCCUCUUCCAGCCCCUGGCGUCGCCUCCGCCCGCCCACCUCCACCCAGUCAUGCAGGCCCCGGGUGACAAGAGGACUCCCAGCUCCUCCCCCCUGGACCAUCGCCCCAACCUGCCCUUCCCAGGCACCGUGGUGAUGCCGCCCUACCACGCCCCGGCCAGCACCCCACUCUCCUCUAUGGGGGGGCGUCAGAACUUACAAUGGCCGCCCGACCCCCACUUACAGUACCCCAAUAGUAAGAGGGGCAUGACGGAGCCGCUGGGUGGACCCCAGGCAUGCCAGAACCUUCCCUCUCACCGCCUGGCCCUGCACAAGCAAAGGUCCAUGGAGAACUUCGUCCAGGCCCACAGAGACAUGAGUCCCGCCCGAAUCGCUCUGGCUAACAGCUUCAAGCGCAAGAGACAGCUUGAGUUUGGGGAGCAGUGUGCCUAUCCACAGAUGACCCUGGAGGAGGCCUCUUACAACAAGCCCACAGAGAUGAUGUGGAAGAAGAUGAGGCAUGAGAGCUGUGCCUUCAUGGACCGGAAGUGCCUCAGCACCAGCGCCCUCACAGAUAAAUUCACAGGCCUGCAAGGAGGUGAAGAUCAUCGCCUCAGCCCCCUACAGCAACACAGGAAGAGCCAGUAUCCUGGGAGCGGGGUGGGGAAACCAAAAAAGCCCUUCCUAGGACAGAGCUACGCCUCCAACUACCGAGAGUACAGCAUGCUGCCCUCUCCAAAAAUGGAAGGAGUGGCCAGUCGGCUGCUGGGCCCCUCCUUCGAGUCGUACUCUCUCCCGGAGCUGACCCGUUACGACUGCGAGGUCAACGUCCCGCUUCAGGGCACCCUGCACCUGCUCCAGGGGCACGACCUGCUGAGGGCACUGGAUCAGGCCACUUAGACUCACCCGGGCCCCACCCAGCCACGCCCCUGGCCCACAACCUAGCCGCCCUACGCGCAUAUAUCUGAGAAAAAAAAAAAGAGCCGCUUCAUUUUUUUGUUCUUGUUUUUCUAAAUUAUAUACUUACUGUAUAUCUUUAAUUUUUUUGCAGUUAGACUAUUUCCAAUAUUAACCGAAGUUUUUUUUGUUGUUGUUCAGUGCAUCCAGAUACUACUGUACUACUACUCACAACACCAACCCCCCCCCCCCCACCCCCAAG